UCAGCUUUAUUUCUCCCUUCUAGGCUUUUCUUCCUUUUAUUUUCGAAAAUAAUCGAAGAAAAAAAAUCUCAAAAAAAACCCGGAAAACUUAUAAAAAAUUUCCUUUCUCUUUUCUUACGUCCACUUGUGCGGUGUGGGAAAGAUAACUUUUUUUUAACCCUUCGCCUCUGCCCACUCUCGUCUCCCCGUGAUCGCGUCAGUUCGCAUCGCUCUCCUCGCCUCUCCCUGUUUUCUUCUGUUUGAUUUCCUGUCUGGGAAAUUAAAUUAGGCCUGCGACUCUGAACUCAAAACGUCUGUUGCUACAGGUCAUUCAAUAAAUCAAAAUGUCUGCCGACGUUACCACCGCUCCUGUCACCGACAACGCCGUCAACGGCUCCCCGGAUGCCAAUGGCACUGCUGCCAACAAGACAGCUGCUGAGGUUCCUGCUGUUGAAACCACUGCAUCCCCCGGCCCUACUACCACUCAGCCUCAAUCUGCAUCGCUCUAUGUCGGUGAACUCGACCCCUCUGUGACCGAGGCUAUGCUCUACGAGCUGUUCUCCUCCAUCGGCCAGGUUGCCUCCAUCCGCGUCUGCCGCGACGCUGUCACCAGACGUUCUCUGGGCUAUGCCUAUGUCAACUACAACAACACCGCCGACGGUGAGCGCGCCCUCGAGGAUCUCAACUACACUCUCAUCAAGGGAAAGCCUUGCCGUAUCAUGUGGUCUCAGCGUGAUCCUGCUCUGCGCAAGACCGGUCAGGGCAACGUUUUCAUCAAGAAUCUGGACAGUGCAAUUGACAACAAGGCCCUGCACGACACCUUUGCUGCCUUCGGAAACAUCCUCAGCUGCAAGGUAGCCCAGGAUGAGUUCGGUAAUUCCAAGGGAUAUGGUUUCGUCCACUACGAGACUGCUGAGGCUGCCAACAACGCCAUCAAGCAUGUUAACGGGAUGUUGCUCAACGACAAGAAGGUCUUCGUCGGACAUCACAUCUCCAAGAAGGAUCGGAUGAGCAAAUUCGAGGAGAUGAAGGCCAACUUCACCAACAUCUACAUUAAGAACCUCGACCAGGAAAUUACUGAGGAGGAAUUCCGCAAGAUGUUCGAGAAAUUCGGCGAGAUCACCUCCGCCACCCUGAGCCGUGAUCAGGAAGGCAAGAGCCGUGGCUUCGGUUUUGUCAACUAUUCCACUCAUGACAGCGCGCAGGCCGCCGUUGAUGAGAUGAAUGACAAGGAAGUCAAGAGCCAGAAGCUCUACGUCGGCCGUGCUCAGAAGAAGCAUGAGCGCGAAGAGGAAUUGCGCAAGCAGUACGAAGCUGCUCGCUUGGAGAAGGCAUCCAAGUACCAGGGUGUUAACCUCUACGUGAAGAACCUCACUGAUGAUGUUGAUGAUGAGAAGCUGCGCGAGCUCUUCAGCCCCUAUGGCACGAUCACUUCUGCCAAGGUGAUGCGCGAUGCCUCCAACAUCGAACGUCUCCAGACCCCGGAUUCCGAGAAGGAGAAGGAGACCAACAAGGAAAAUGAGCAAGCCGAGGGCGAAAAGGCCGAAAAGCCCCAAGAAGAAGCCAAGGAGGCUGAGGAAAGCAAAGAGGCUAAGAAGGCCGAUAAGAAGCCCCUAGGCAAGAGCAAGGGCUUCGGCUUCGUCUGCUUCAGCAGCCCUGACGAGGCUUCUAAGGCUGUUACCGAGAUGAACCAGCGCAUGGUCAACGGUAAGCCUCUCUAUGUCGCCCUUGCUCAGCGCAAGGAUGUUCGCCGGAGCCAGCUCGAGGCCAGCAUUCAGGCCCGUAACACCAUCAGACAGCAGCAGGCUGCCGCUGCUGCUGGAAUGCCACAACCGUACAUGCAGCCCGCUGUCUUCUACGGGCCUGGUCAGCAAGGUUUCAUCCCAGCUGCUGGACAGCGUGGUGGACUGGCCUUCCCUCCUCAACCUGGUAUGGUGAUGGGUAUCCCAGGAGGACGUCCUGGUCAAUACCCUGCUCCUUUCCCGGGUCAGCAGGGUGGACGUGGCGUCGGUGCCAACCAGCAGGUUCCUCCGAACUUUGCUCAGGGUAUCCCCAUGGGAGCCAUGCAGGGCCCUGGAGGCAUUCCUAACGGCAUGGGAUACCCUCAAGCUAUGGCCCAGGUGCAGGCAUUUGGACGCGGUGCUGGUGGCCGUGGUCAGGUUCCUGGCAUGCCGCCCAACAUGGGCGUCCGUGGUCCUGGAUAUGGACAGGGCCGUGGAGGCGUUCCCGUCCAGGGCCAGUUGGGUAGACCUGGUCAGGGUCGUGGACAGAAUGCCGCUGCUGGAGGCCGCGAAGAGGUUGCUGCCGGUGGUCUCACCAUCCAGGCUUUGUCUAACGCCCCACCUGCUCAACAGAAGCAGAUGCUCGGCGAGGCUCUGUAUCCCAAGAUUCAGGCUCAGAAGCCCGAGUUGGCAGGAAAGAUCACCGGCAUGCUUCUGGAGAUGGACAACGCUGAGCUGAUUAGCCUGCUUGAGGAUGAUGAGGCUUUGCGCGCAAAGGUUGACGAGGCGCUCAGCGUCUAUGACGAGUACAUGAAGAACAAGGGUGCUGAGGGCGAGGCCGCUGCUGAACCUGCUAAACCGAAGGAGGCCGCUAAGGAGACCACUACGGAAGGAAACCAGUCGUAGAUCAAGUGUGUCGAUUCCUGGUGUGUAGCGGAUAUGACUGGAAUCUUUUUCGGCCUUUUCAGCCUACCAGCUUGUGGAUGACGAUUCAUGUUACUUUUGUUAUGACCCUUCUAUCCUUCCUAUCCUUAUUCCCCGUUUGACCCGGGUAGGGAACCUUUUCUUUCUUCUCCCCCUUGCUAUUUCUACUUUCCCUUUUCUUUGUCAAUUUGUUUCCCCUGAUCCUGAUAUCCCUCGGUUUCCAA